GUUGCAUUCACCGUAUACUGGCAAACGAUCUGUCCGACGCUUCUCGCUCUCCACACUCUGCAUCCGACGGUCGACACGACCCGAACAUCUACAAUCACAAGCCGGGAAUAGCCAGUUCUCUCCCGAUGUCGCAUAUCAGCCAUUAGGAGCGAGAGCAGAAGGCGCACGCACGCGACCACACACAAUCCAUGAGCAGCUUUGCCUCUGGGCAUGGCAGCCAUGUCACGACCGACAGCCCUUCGACCCACGAACCACAUGAGAUGACGCCCGACUCACGCUCCGCCAGCGCUGGCAAUCAGCCGGCAAUAUGUCCGACCGAUCAUGGCUACAUACAUCCGCAGCCCGAUCAGAAGCGGCCGAGGAUCCCACAGCAGAGCAUGGAGUAUGCUGUACGUAGUGGCGUUGCAGGCGGAUUAGCAGCAUGUGCUGCGAAGACCGUAGUCGCUCCCCUCGACCGGGUCAAGAUAUUGUUUCAGGCGAACAACCCACGGUUCCAGAAGUACACUGGAUCAUGGACGGGAGCUUUGCGAGCAAUCAGAGACAUCUACGGAGCCAAUGGAGUGCCAGGGCUAUUCCGCGGCCAUAGUGCGACUUUGUUGCGAAUCUUUCCGUAUGGAGGCAUCAAGUUUCUGGCGUACGAGCAAAUAAGAGCAGUAGUCAUACCCGACAAGCAGUCGGAAACACAUGCGAGGAGAUUCGCUACAGGAAGUUUGGCAGGCAUAGCAUCCGUGUUUUGUACGUAUCCUCUGGAAGUGAUACGCGUGCGGUUGGCGUGGGAAACGAAGUCUAGUAAGCGGGUUACAGUACGCGACAUCUGCCGCAAGAUAUACAGAGAGCUACCACCUGAGCCCGCGAACGGCUCGAAUGGAGGAGGCGCGGCAGCGGUAAUGCCAAAGACUUUUGCAGCGCCAAUCGAAGCCACGCAAGCUGCAGUAAAGCAGCUCACACCUUCAACAGGAUUGGCAAACUUCUACCGCGGCUUUACACCCACACUAUGGGGCAUGAUUCCAUAUGCAGGAGCCUCAUUCUUGACCCACGACGCAGCAGGUGACUUUAUGCGACAGCCCGAAUUGGCACCAUAUACUGUCUUACCAAUGUCAGAACGAUCACAAAAACAGCUCGCACCCGGCAAGCCAGCACCGCUGCGAGCAUGGGCCGAGCUUACGACGGGAGCCAUAGCAGGCUUCGUCAGUCAAACAGUCAGCUACCCACUCGAAGUCAUCCGACGAAGAAUGCAGGUGGGAGGUGUGGUUGGUGAUGGACAUCGCUUACGCAUGUCGGAAGUCGCACGGGACAUUGCGAAAGAGAGAGGCUUCCGAGGUUUCUUUGUCGGACUCAGCAUUGGAUACGUCAAGGUCAUCCCGAUGGCCGCGACAAGUUUCUACGUUUACGAGCGCAUGAAGGUCGUCUUUGGAAUAUGACCGAGGUGCGGAGAUUUAUGACCUCUUUUUUGUACAUACGCAUUCUGGUUGGAAGCGAUGGCGUUUGUGGUGCAUGGGGAGCAAUAGGCCUUACGAGAGCCUUAGAGGUAGCAAUAGCAGUGCCAGGUAGUAGCAAGUACAGCCGAAUGAACCAACUCUUGCG